GCCGAGUCGGCGCUGAACGGGUCGCGGGUGCUCUCUCAGCUCCAGCUGUUCAUUCAGAAGGGAGUAAAUUGCCUCUCCUGUCUCUCUCUCUCUCUUGCGCGUGCGGGUAAUAACUCCGGAAACCUAUUCCGGGAACCGAGUCAGUGACUUUUUCGUCCGUUGAAAGUCCAAAGGCAUCUUGAGUGGCAUCCAAGGAUUUGGACACAUCUCAGGCGACCCCGUUCGGGAUCACAGGAUGGAGGCAGAACAGUUCAAGGAAUUCGCCACCGAGAUGGCGGACUACAUAGCAAAUUACCUUGAAAAUAUUAGAGAGAGACAAGUAUUACCCAAGGUGAGUCCAGGGUACCUGCGCCCGCUGUUGCCUGACGAGGCCCCACAGAAACCGGAGAAAUGGCAGGACGUGAUGGCGGACGUCGAACGCAUCAUCAUGCCAGGGGUCACGCACUGGCAGUCGCCGCGGUUCCACGCGUACUUCCCCACGGCCAACUCGUACCCCGCCAUCGUUGCAGACAUGCUGUGCGGAGCCAUCGCCUGCAUCGGCUUCUCAUGGAUCUCUAGCCCCGCAUGCACGGAGCUGGAGGUCGUUAUGAUGGACUGGCUGGGGAAGAUGCUGGGCCUGCCGCAAGAGUUCCUCGCCUGCUCCGGAGGCAAGGCUGGAGGAGUCAUACAGGGAACUGCCAGUGAAGCAACUUUUGUGGCUCUCCUGGGAGCUAAGGCUCGAAAACUGCGGGAAGUGAAGGAGCAGCACCCCGACUGGAGUGACUACGAGAUUAUCUCAAAGUUCGUCGCCUACGCGUCCAAUCUAGCUCAUUCAUCUGUGGAGCGUGCAGGUCUCCUUGGUGGUGUGAAGUUCCAUUUAUUGGAGCCAGAUGACAAGCUUAGUCUACGGGGUGAGACACUUGAGCAAGCCAUUAAAGAAGAUAAGGCAAAAGGGCUAAUACCCUUUUAUGCUGUAGCAACACUCGGCACAACAAGCUGCUGUUCAUAUGACAAUCUUGAAGAAACGGGUGUAGUUUGUAAUAAAGAAGGGAUCUGGCUGCAUGUGGACGCAGCUUAUGCUGGAUCAGCAUUCAUCUGUCCAGAGACCCGACAUCAUAUGAAGGGAGUUGAACUUGCUGAUUCAUUCAAUUUUAACCCACAUAAAUGGAUGCUGGUGAAUUUUGACUGUUCAGCAAUGUGGCUGAAAGAUCCAGAUGCUGUUGUAAAUGCGUUCAAUGUGGACCCCUUAUACCUCAAACAUGAUCAGCAAGGAUCUGCCCCUGACUACAGACACUGGCAGAUUCCUCUUGGUCGCCGUUUCCGUUCCCUUAAACUGUGGUUCGUCAUGCGGCUUUAUGGCGUGCAAAAUCUUCAAGCAUAUAUUCGAAAACACAUAGCACAGGCACAUGAAUUUGAAGCACUUGUGCGUAAGGAUGAACGUUUUGAGAUAUUUCAUGAAGUCACAAUGGCUCUUGUUUGCUUUCGUCUUAAGGGAUCAAAUGAAAUUAAUGAAAAUUUAUUGAAAAGAAUAAAUGCUAACGGAGUUAUCCACCUGGUUCCAUCAAAAGUGAGGGACACAUAUUUCCUCAGAUUGGCAAUUUGUUCUCGUUUCAGUGAGUCAAGUGAUAUUCAGCUAUCUUGGAAGGAGAUUAGCUCCUUAGCAGAUGAAGUACUAGCUGAAGCAAGGCCUGGAAAGUAAUUGUAUGAUACUGUUACACAAAGCUGUAAUAUUUCAUUCUUAAGAACUUACAUAAAGAUUAGGUGUAAAGUACAACUGGCACCAUUGGAUAUUAUAGCACAAUCUUCUUAUAUGCAUGUUAAAACAGUUGGUGUAGGCCUACACUGAUAGUAACUUCUUGGCACAUUUUGUAUGCAUUUAAAGACCUUAUGAGAUAGCAUGAAGUAAAUAACAUUAUAACCUAUCUUUUACAACUUAUUUUGUCAGGCUCUACAUCAGUAUUGUGGGUUAUAGUUAUUUAUUUGUGUGUGUGUGUGUGUGUGUGUGUGUGUGUGUGUAAAUCAUUUAGUAUUUUCCUUGUUAGUUAAGUAUGGGCUUUUAUUUAUUUUUGUAAAAACAUAAAUUACUCUUAGAUUCUCAAGAUUUAGGUAUUACCCAAAUUAAGCAAGACUCUUCAUUAACUUGCUGUAGAAAAUGCCAAGAUCAUACUUUAGAGUGCGAGCAUAUACCUUAAAUUACAGGUAACAAGAGAGACCAAAUAGUGGACCAAUUUCACUGAUACAAAGUAUUAAGAAUAUGGUAUUUACAAUAAUGGGCCUACCAAUGCUUUUGCAAGAUAGUGAGUAGUUUAAAAAAAAAAGCUGUGGCUUGUAUCUGUUAACUGCAGUUUUCAGAUUUUAUUUUUCAUGCAUGUUCCUAGUGAGUGUGCCAGUCUGCUCGUUCUAGUUGACGUAUUUCAAAUCACCUGACACAGGGUAUACACACACUGAAUAUUUUAUUUUUUUAUGAAUAAUAGAUGUAUAUGUAAAUUACAGUAAUUUUAUGUAAUUUUUUAUGUACAAACGCUCAAAGUAUUGUAUUAAAAAUGGGUCCAAUUAAAGUAAUUGUGUAUUCUUGUAAUUAUCUUCUUUAAUUUAAUGUUAAACAUAAGAGUUGGUGAAUAAUUUUUUUAAUCCAACAGUUGUGUAUAUAUUCUUAAAAUGUAUUGAGCAGACUGAGUUAA